AGCGGAUUUGUUUUCAGUUUCUCUCGCUUCUAGCUGACACUGUCUCUCAUAUCUGACCUCUCCGAGCCUCCAUGGCUUCUUCUUCCGUAAAACAAACGCUAGGUGACCUGAACAAGGAUUCGUUCGUGACCCUUUUGUCAAAACUGAUCGGAGAAGCAAAAUAUGUGCAGAACAACCCUCCAGUUCUCAUACCUGAAGAGGAUAGGAUUGUGAGGCACGUGCUCGAAGCCCUUCUCCCUUACAGCACCACCACCGGCGGUGGCCCCCUUAUUAUCAACCAUGUUACGUACAAACCCAAUAGAGGCAAUCUUAUUGUGGAGUACCCUGGAACCCAACCUGGGAAGAUCUUGUCCUUCGUUGGAAUGCACAUGGAUGUUGUCACUGCUAACUCUUGUGACUGGGAUUUUGAUCCCUUCUCAUUGAGCAUUGAUGGGGAUAAACUUCGGGGCCGUGGAACAACUGAUUGUUUAGGGCAUGUUGCUCUUGUAACUGAACUCAUGAAGCGAUUAGGGGAGACAAAGCUGGAAUUAAAGUCCACUGUGGUUGCUGUCUUUAUAGCCAGUGAGGAGAACACAUCAAUUCCUGGGGUUGGUGUGGAUGCACUGGUGAAGGAUGGAUUGCUUACUAAGUUAAAGCAAGGACCUUUGUUUUGGAUUGACACAGCAGAUAAACAACCUUGCAUCGGUACUGGUGGUAUGAUACCUUGGAAACUUCAUUUCACUGGAAAGCUUUUUCACAGUGGUCUGGCACACAAGGCUAUCAAUCCUUUGGAGCUGGCAAUGGAAGUGCUUAAAGAUAUCCAGGUGCGGUUCUACAAGGACUUCCCUCCCCAUCCUAAAGAACAAGUUUAUGGGUUUGCAACACCGUCAACCAUGAAACCAACUCAGUGGAGUUAUCCAGGAGGUGGGAUCAAUCAAAUUCCAGCUGAGUGCACAAUAUCAGGAGAUGUCAGGUUGACUCCAUUUUACAGUGUAUUGGACGUGAUAAAGAAGCUACAAGAGUAUGUUGACGACUUAAAUGCCAACAUAGAAAAGCUAGAUACCCGGGGACCAGUUUCAAAAUAUGUGCUACCAGAUGAGAACCUAAGGGGAAGAAUUACUAUAAGUUUUGAUGAGGCGAUAUCUGGAGUUGCCUGUGAUCUUGAUUCUCGUGGCUUUCAUGUAUUGUGUAAUGCCACUGAAGAGGUGGUAGGGCAUGUAAAACCCUACUCUAUCACUGGUAGUUUGCCACUCAUACGAGAAUUGCAGGAGGAGGGUUUUGAUGUUCAAACUGCAGGCUAUGGCUUAAUGGCGACCUACCAUGCCAAAAACGAAUACUGCCUUCUAUCCGACAUGUGCCAGGGUUACCAGGUCUUUGCCAGUGUCAUAUCCCAAUUAGAAGAUUGAGGUGACAACAUGCCAAUAAGUAGGUUACUUGACAUAUAGAGCGUGUUUAGUCAUUCCCCUGGCCUUGAGAAAUAAAGAGCUUACUUGAGUUUCAUCAAUGAACUGCCAAAGUUGCUUAAUGUUAGAAAUUUACCAUUCUAAUAUAAGUACUGAAUGUUUGGUUUUUCACCCUCAUCUUUUGCAAAUGUAUGCUGUAGCCCUUGUUUUCGAUCCUCAGAUCAUUCCAUUGUUCCUUAGAAGUACAUUCGUAUGCAAAUUGAUAAUUUGAGCAUUUCCCCAAAGGGUUGAAAGGAUGAGCAACUGCACUUGAUCAACAUAGAAGAGUUCCAUUAACCGUUGCAGGAAGAAUGCUGUUUUGUUAGUCUAAAGACCUAUCUACCCUGCCUGAGCUCUUUUCC